GUUUCCGGCAGGGCGGUGCUUGCGCGCGGGAGCCCAGCCGGUGGGUGAUCAGCCGCCACGGUGUUCUCUUACUGUGGGGCUCAGGGAAAAGAUUGGGUUAUCAUGGACCUGCGGCAAUUUCUUCUGUGCCUGUCCCUGUGCACAGCCUUUGCCUUGAGCAAGCCUACAGAAAAGAAGGACCGUGUACAUCAUGAGCCUCAACUCAGCGACAAAGUUCACGAUGAUACUGAGAGUUUUGAUUAUGACCAUGAUGCUUUCUUGGGUGCUGAAGAAGCAAAGAGUUUUGAUCAGCUGACACCAGAAGAAAGCAAGGAAAGGCUUGGAAUGAUUGUAGAUAAAAUAGACGCGGAUAAAGAUGGGUUUGUGACGGAGGGGGAGCUGAAAUCCUGGAUUAAGCACGCCCAGAAGAAAUACAUAUAUGACAAUGUUGAAAACCAAUGGCAGGAGUUUGAUAUGAAUCAAGACGGCUUAAUCUCCUGGGAUGAGUACAGAAACGUGACUUAUGGCACUUACCUGGAUGAUCCAGACUCUGAUGAUGGGUUUAACUAUAAACAGAUGAUGGUUAGAGAUGAGCGGAGGUUUAAGAUGGCAGACAAGGAUGGAGACCUCAUUGCCACAAAAGAGGAGUUCACAGCUUUUCUGCACCCUGAGGAGUAUGACUACAUGAAAGACAUAGUAGUACAGGAAACAAUGGAAGAUAUAGAUAAGAAUGGUGAUGGUUUCAUUGAUCUUGAAGAGUAUAUUGGCGACAUGUACAGCCAUGAUGGAAAGGCUGAUGAGCCAGAAUGGGUGAAGACAGAGCGAGAGCAAUUUGUGGAGUUUCGAGAUAAGAACCGUGAUGGGAAGAUGGACAAGGAAGAAACCAAAGACUGGAUCCUCCCUUCAGAUUAUGACCAUGCUGAGGCAGAAGCCAGACACUUAGUGUAUGAAUCAGACCAAAACAAGGAUGGCAAGCUAACGAAGGAGGAGAUCGUCGACAAGUAUGAUUUAUUUGUGGGCAGCCAGGCCACAGAUUUCGGGGAAGCCUUAGUAAGACAUGAUGAGUUCUGAGCUGCAGACAAGAGCUCAUUUUUCUUCAAAAGUAAUUUAUUUUUACAGCUUCUGGUUUCACAUGAAAUUGUUUGCGCUACUGAGACUGUUACUACAAACUUUUUGAGACAUGAAAAGGCAUAAUGAAAUAAUGAAAAACAUCCCGUCCCUAUUCCUCCUCCUCUCCGAGGGCCUGCUUCUGAGGAACAAGUCUAAUUAGUACACUUGUGUUUGUAGAUUUACCCUUUGUAUAAUGUAUAACAUGGUGUGUUUAUUUUUGUAUUGUCUCUAGUUGGAAGUAUGAUAUGAAGGAUCAAGAUCCUCAAACCACACUUAUAGGCAAACAGUCCUUUACUCUUUCUCAACCCCUUAUAUCGUUUUUAUAAUCCUCACUUAACAGAUUUUUAAGCCUGAGAUCAAUAAGAAUGUUCAGGAGAAUAAAAAGGAAAAAUAGAUUCUUCAUGAUUUUUAUUUAGAGAUAACACUUCAUUUUGCCUAUUGGAAAGUCUGGCAUUUCAGAAGUCAUAGAAGCCAUGUAUUCCAUUCAAUUCCUACAGAUCCCACAGUUGAGCCUGCCAUGAUGUGAGCAAUAACAGGUCCCUGUGCUGGCCUACAUCCUGACUGAACUUGACUUCAUUUUUUUGCCUCUUGUAGGACUUUGCUAAUUUUGUCAAGCACAGCUGUGGUGGGAAGAGUUGGGACAAGUGUCUUGAAAAAUCAAUCAAAUAGUGAUCUCUUUACAGAGCUAUUUCUAGCUCUUUAGAGAGCUGUUUCCCAUUAGAAACAGCUAGAAAACUAAAGGAAAAAUACAAGUGUACAGGGCAUACUUUUUUUUCCGGGGUGUGUGCCUCUUGAAAUCAUUGUAAGUACCCCAUCUGACUCUUCCCCUGGGAAUCUUGGCUUCACUACAAUUACAAUUCUGUCCAAUCAUGUCAUUUGAAAGUGCCUUUAACAAGAGAAGCAAUCACUAAGUGAGAAUUUGCUUAAACCUUGAGAGAUAAAAUAAGGAUAUUUGGAUACCCUUAUAUGAAAGUUUAGAACCUCCCCAUAUAGUGGGGUUUCUCCCUCCCUCCUUUUUUUCUCCUUUGGACAAUAAUUAAAUAGCAGUAUUAGUUAUAAGCUUGGUUGCAUUGUUCUUCUCUUGUGGGGCUGGUUUCUAAAAACCACAUGCUGCUGACUUUACCAGAGAUCCUCAUACCUCAAUGCAAGCCACUCACUGCCUGGGCUUCUCUGUACCCUAGAGAGCUUGAGGAUGGAAGGAUCUGCAGAGAGGGUUCUUUGGUUGAGGGCCACUUCUCACCCUUUCUGCUUUUGACCCAUCACACCCCUUCCCUUCUCCCCCUUCUCUUUACAGACAAAAUAAGGGGAGUUUCAUGGAUCAGCAAGUUGCUAAUCCUUUUCAAAACCACCCUCUGUUUUCAACUCCGUUUUACCCAUAUUUUAUAUAAAAGAACUAUGUCCAUUUGAGUUCGUUUCUUACCAAUGGACUUCUUUUGAGAAGAAUUAUUGUAUUCUAAAUCUUUAAGCCCUCAGGUUACUAAGAUAAAUAUAUGUACAUAUAACCUCUAUUAUUUCCUAUAUCUCUUUGAAUAAUACAUUCAGGUGGUGCUGGGUGAUUAUAUCUGAACCUAGGUGUACCCUUUGGUCUUCCAUAAUCCUAUUGAGGUGAGCUCUUGAUAGCAAAUAAACUCUUGAACUUAAUUCAAAUGUAGGGUAACGAACAUUCUCGGCCCUCCAGAUUUCUCUUUUGUAAAGAAGACCAGAGAUAAUUUUAUCAACCUUGGCUUAAAGAGCAUUCAUCAUGACCUGUGUGGCAAGAAAGCCCCACAGCUCCCCACUAGGUGCACAGAGCCCAGGCCUGAUGUGAAAAUGACCCACUAAGACAGCAAACUGUAUUCUGCUAUGAUGGCAGCUUCUGGAUUGGGGCACUGUACUGUCAUCUCUGAGCUCCUUGAUAUUGUGGGAUUUGGGGCUUUGGUUUUGGUUUUAGUUUAAAUCAAGCCCGAAGCAAGUGAAUAGUGGCUGCACACCCACAGUAUGUGUGUUCUGUGAGUGCUAACCCUUGGAACUUGGAUAUUGGUUAUUUUUUUUACAGAGUGUAAACCAAGUUUUAUAUUCUAUGAUGCAAACAGGUACCUAUCUGUUUCUAAAUAAAACUGUUUACAUUCA